CCUCCUUUCCUUACGAAUUGUUAUCUUUUUUGUUCUGCUGUUGUAACGAGUUCAUAGUCCAAUUGAAGUCAGUGUUGUGUCCAAUUUAGAAAAAUUUGUUCUGCUGUUGUAACGAGUUCAUAGUCCAAUUGAAGUCAGUGUUGUGUCCAAUUUAGAAAAAUUUGUUCUGCUGUUGUAACGAGUUCAUAGUCCAAUUGAAGUCAGUGUUGUGUCCAAUUUAGAAAAAUUUAUUAAUUUAGUCCGUCCGCGCUUGGGUUCCGUAAAGUGCAGCCCCACUUUGUUCAAUUCGUUUAAAGCCAGUGUACUGACGCGUUUAACACAUUUACGCCAACCAUGGUUACUCAUCGGCUUAAGUCGAUUGCUCUAGUGGGAGGAGGCGUCGUGGCACUAAGACAGCGAUUCUGGACAAACUACUACGCACCAGUGUGGCAGCAGAACAGCAAGUCAAGGUUGAGGAAGCAGCUGGAUCGUGGUCUCAUCUUAAUCUCCCGAUUGAUCCAGAGUUCAAAGACGAACCAACUUAAACUGGUUGACAGCAAACCGGUUCCUACGGCCCAAAACAAAAAUAGCAACAAAUCGGAUCGAUCCCUACCGGCAGUGUUUCUGACAUCUUUCUCUCUGUGGUCAUCGAGUUCAUCGAAGAAAGCGAAGGAAGAAGCAGCGGCUAAACAGCUAGCAACGGAAAAGGCUAUCAAAAUGGCACAGGAAGCAGCUAAAACCAUUGGCGAAACCAUCCAACAUUCAGAUCAGCUCUUUGACGAGAACAACUUCCAGGAGGCUUUCGAGCUGUUGGAUAAAUGUCCGGAGCGAGAAGCGUACGACAUCAAGUGGCGUCUAGCCCGAGCAUUGUUCAAUCUUUCCAAGACGGCUCCCAGUCCCCGGAAGGAAGAACUGAUUCGAGAGAGCUUCCAGCAUGCUGAGGACGCGCUGGCCCUGAACGACACCGACUAUGCUUCCCACAAGUGGUAUUCGAUUCUGUUGGACGCUAAAAGUGGCCUGGACGGUAUCAAGGCUCGCAUCACUCAGCUGGAGAAUGUCAAGAAGCACAUGCUGAAAGCGGUCGAGUUGAAUCCGCACGACGCCACCAGUUGGUACAUCCUGGGAUCGUUCUAUUUCGGCCUUGCCGAUUUGCCCUGGUACCAGCGCAAAAUAGUUUCGGCCAUCUUUGCGACCCCACCUUCCGGGAGCUACGAGGAAGCGCUGGAGUGUUUCGAAAAGGCCGAGAGCACCAAACCGAACUUCUACUCGAUGAACCAUCUGAUGCUCGGCAAGACCUACCUGGCGCUGAAGCAAAAUGAUAAGGCCAAGGAGUACCUGCUGCUGGCAGCCAACGUCACGGUUCUGAACGAGGACGAUAAACAGGCCAAAGAGGAAGCCGCCAAGCUGGUGAAGAAACUCUAGAUAUGUAGCAUAGGUAAAAAUUCCUUGGAAAGUGGGACUGAGUGCUAGAAGCAUUACUGAUUUUUGAUACUAUUCUCGAAUUACUUUUUGAUAAUAAAUAUUGUUCUCUCUUUUUCAA